AUGAUGCUGCCAGCGCGCCGUUGGUGGACUGCAGCGCUUGCGCUGUGCCUGGGCAGCGAAAUGCGCGCCGUGGAGGCCUUCCAGCUGGUGAAUGGCCAGAUGGUCACGGACGGGUUCUCGAUAAUCAAUAGUCCACAACCUAACACGCCCGUUCAUGAUAAUAUUGUCAUAUCAGUGGAUGUGUCAUCAAAUGGGAAGCUUCAGGCCCCGUCUGCUAUUGACAGCCUAGAGAUAUACCUUGUCUCUGACGCAUUGAACGUGAACGUCACGGUCACCGCUGGUCCUGGUUUCUUGCAAGGGGAACAAGGCAGCACUGUCAAACAUCUGAACUUCCGCCCACCACCAUGUGCUCGCGAUGGAGAUUAUAAUCUCACGUUUUACGAGGCAUCGCAUAAUGCGGACGGCAACUUCUUUGUCAUUACAGCGAUCCCUGUACGCGUCGACCAGACUCAGAACUCCCCCACUGCCUGUAACGCCAACGACCUACAAGUCCAACCUCAGGCUUCGAGUCCGCCUCCCGGAGGGAAUCCAUUCCUGGCCUCCAAUUCCGGUGGUAAUGGAGUGCCUACCGUGACUUCCUUGCCAGGAAUUACUACGGUUACAGUAUCUGCUGGACAGACGCGUACCCAAUUAUUCCCUUCGAUGACCUACCAAGGACCUUCCGACCCCACUAUGACUCUCGUCUUAGUAUCACAAGUCGCGACCAUUACUGAGCAAUCGAAUGGACCCGCUACUACGGAGAUCGAGGUGUCCACCACCACUAUCAUGACCUUGACAGACCUCUCGAGGUUCCUACCAGUGAGCGGCGCCCAACCCAACGUACCUUCUUUAUCCAUGCUUCACUUCGUGCUUGCGGGUGCCGUUGUAGUAUACAGAUUAAUGGACCAUCACAUGAGGUAG